AACUCGUUUGCUUUUGUCUCCAUUGAUAAUUUCUUUUCGGGAAUAUAUCCGAUAACAAAAGUAUAUUCAGAAUAAAAUUAUGAGCGACUAAUUUAGUAUGAUAAAUCUUUAAUAAAUAUUUUAUUCUCGGAGACUAGUAGUAAAUUAAAAGAGAGUAAUAUCUUCCAAGAUGACUCUUCGUAAUCUUUCGCGCACCUUUUCCCGUUCCUUAACUUAAUUCUGGAGCUCAACUUAUGAGUAAGAAACUCAUGUUAUGUUAUCUUCUACUAAUCAAAUUACAUAUCCCCAAAAUAUUUAUAUGCUGACUUUAGAUCCAUUUGUGAAAAUAUACUAUUAUUGCUUUCUAAUGAUAUGGCAAGCAGAGUCUACUCUCUCAUUGCUAGCUCGCCACUAUCGUACUCUUCUCAGAACUUGCGCUCGAUAUUUAGCUUUGGACGUGGGUAAGAAGCUCCACGCUUCCAUCGUCACCAAGGGUCUCGAAACUUCCCAAAAUACAUUUCUCCGUAAUGCUAUUCUUCACAUGUAUGCGGCGUGUGGUUAUGUUUCCUCUGCACGCAAGAUGUUCGAUGAAAUUCCAAUUUCGUAUAAAGACACUGUGGACUGGACAACGCUGAUGGGGUGCUAUGCACACGGGAGUUUUCCGCGUGAUGCACUCAAAUUGUUUGUUGAUAUGAGGAAGAGUGAUGUUUUGAUUGAUGAAUUUACUAUGGUUACUGUAUUCCUUGCAAGCGCGAAAUUGGGUUGUGAACUGUUUGGCUUUCAGGGACAUGGUUGUAUGGUUAAAAUGGGAUUUGGUUCGAGUGUUAAAGCGUGCAAUGCUGCUAUGGAUAUGUAUGUGAAGUGUGGGUUAAUUGAUAGAACAAGAAGGAUUUUUAACGAGAUGGAGGAAAAGAGUCUUGUUUCUUGGACUGUGGUUUUGGCGGGAGUGUUGAAGUGGGAAGCUUUUGAAAAUGCAAGGUUGUUUUUCCAUCGGAUGCCUAAGAGAAAUGAAGUAGCUUGUACAAUAAUGAUUGCAGCGUAUAUUGAGAAUGGUUUAACGAAGGAAGCUUUUGGGCUUCUACGUGAAAUGUUGUUUGAAUCUGGAUUUGAGUUGAAUUUUGUGACACUUUGUUCAUGGUUAUCAGCUUGUGCACAGUCGGGGAAUGUUUCGGUGGGUAAAUGGGUACAUGUGUAUUCUUUGAAGAUGAUAGAACAUGAAAUGGAUAUAAUGGUGGCAACAACCUUGAUUAAUAUGUAUGCAAAAUGUGGUAAGAUUGAUGAUGCUUUUCGAGUUUUUAAUGUGAUGCCUCGAAGGAACGUGAUUACGUGGAAUGCCAUGCUAAGCGGACUGGCAAUGCAGGGAAAGGGAAAUCUCGUGUUGGAUUUGUUUGGUCAGAUGAUUAGAGAGGUCAAACCAGAUGAUGUAACAUUUACAGCUGUAUUAAGUGCUUGUAGUCACUCAGGUUUGGUUGAUCAAGGUCGACAUUUUUUCUAUAGCCUUGAAUCGACAUAUGGAAUAAAGCCUUCUAUAGAAAAUUACUCGUGUGUUGUGGAUCUUUUGGGCCGGGCAGGGCAUCUUCAGGAAGCAGAGUCCAUAAUCAGGGCAAUGACGCUUCCCCCCAAUGAAGUUGUAUUGGGAUCACUGUUAGGGGCCUGCAGUGUCCAUAAGAACCUCGAGCUCGGGGAGUGCCUAAUGAAAGAGCUGAUCCAAAUCUAUCCUGAUAAUACCGAGUAUCAUGUCUUGCUUUCAAAUAUGUACUCUUUAGCUGGAAAAAUUGACAAGGCAAAUUCUUUUCGAGCAGUUCUUAGAAGCAGAGGCGUCAGGAAAUUACCUGGCAUGAGUUCUAUUUAUGUUGGUGGUCAAAUCCAUUGCUUCAGUGCGGGGGAUAAAUUGCAUCCACAAAGUCGAGAGAUCUAUAUGAUGCUGGAUGAGAUGAUUCGGAAAAUAAGAUUGGCUGGUUAUGCACCAGACACAGCCUGCCAAAUGGUUUCUGGAUUUGAUGGAGAGCAUUAUGGUUACGGCCAGGAGGAGAAGGAACAGGCUUUGUUCUCUCACAGUGAGAAGCUGGCUGUUUGUUUUGGACUCAUAAGCACACAAGCUGGCAUGCCUCUUUACAUUUUCAAGAAUUUAAGGAUAUGCCAAGAUUGUCAUUCAUCCAUGAAGAUUGUUUCCAAAGUUUACAAUAGAGAAAUUGUAAUAAGAGAUCGUAAUCGCUUUCACCGUUUUAAGCUAGGUUCAUGCUCUUGUUUUGACUAUUGGUGACAAAGGCAAAAGUCCUAAACGAAACUACCCUCCCCAGACCCCCACUUGUGGGAUUACACUGGAUAUGUUGUUGGAUUGAUGUUAACAAUCAGAAUGAAAAUUCUAAUUGUGGUUGAUUGGGCCCUUAUUGGGGCUUUUGAGUGAGGUGUUGGAACGGGAAAUAUUCAUAGAGGAAUUAUAGGAUAGAUAAGCAUAUUUCCCCCUAGUACAUAUUUCACAUUUUUCUCCUUUCUACUUCAGAGUUCCUGUGGGAAUACAGAGAUGUAUGCUAGUCAUAAUAGCGCCACGACUCGAAAUGUUAAUGAAAUCAGCAAAAGGAAAGUGCAAACCUCAAUUAAAAGAACAUCAGUAUUAUUGAUGCAAGAGAUGAGUUUAGAAUGUAAUGCUGAGUCACUGCCACAGAGGAGAAAUAUUGAAGUCUCCACACCUUCAUUUGAUGAUAACUUGUAGCAGAUUGAAGAAAAUAUAUGUGCUUCUGCACAUUUAUUGGGCAUAUAAGUCAAGAAGGAAGGAAGAGAUGUUCUUGGCUUGCACAAAUUCAUGCACCAGAGAAAAGGUUACAGAAUCUUAGUGCAGCAGAUGCUUUUGUGGAAAUCGACACCACAUUCUGUACUGAUGUUGCAGAUGCUUGGGAACGAACUCAUGGAAGAAGCUAAAGAAGUUCUUCACACAGUUCUUAAUUUAGUUGAAUUUUUACCCUGUGAUUUCCAUGUACUACUGAUGCUGGACCUCUCUUCAUUCUGCAUUUCUUUCAAGUUCUGAGGAUUGCAUAAAGUGAAAUUAUGCUUAUUAUUAAUAAAAAGAUAAGAGUUAGAUCUUA